GCUUUCGACAAGAUAUUUCCUGGUAAUCCUCAUCUUUUCUGUUACAAGCACUUGGUGCAUAACCUUAUGACUAAAUACAACGGUAAAGGCUCUUCUGUUUUGAAAGAUGAUGUUAAAAAGAAGUUUUUUGAGUUGGCAUAUUCAUGCACUGAAAAGGAAUAUCGUUUUCAUUUGAGAGAGUUGAGAGAAGCUGGUGGUGCUGAUAUUAUAGAUCCGUUUCUUGCUGAUCUGCCUGUUCAAAAUUGGUGCCGUGCAUUUUUCCCUGGAUGCCGUUAUGGAAUUAUGGCUAAUAGUAUAGCUGAAUCUUUUAAUGCUUGGUUUGCUGUUGAACGGGAGAUGCCAGUGUACACUAUGCUUGAUCAGACUCGGAUUAGGGUGAUGCAGAUGAUGGGUGAGAGGAGAGACGAGGCACAGCUUUGGACCUCGCAACUUACUCCUGUUAUGGAGGGUCGUUUGAAAGAAGGUAUGGAGAAAGCUUGCCGUUUCAAUGUGCAUUACUCCCAUACAAAUGUUUAUACUCCUUCGUGCUCAUGUAAAAAAUGGGAGAUUAACUGCUUCCCUUGCUGCCACGGUCUUGCUGCAAUUCAAGCUGCCUCAUUGGAUGUUUAUGCUUUUAUGGAUAAGUAUUUUUAUGUUGAUUAUUACAAGAAGUGUUAUGAUUUUCCAAUUUAUCCAAUAUCUAAUGUUGAUAUGGCUUCUUCGGAAUCUGCAAGUAAUGACUACAUACUUCCUCCAAAUGCAAAAAGGCCUCCCGGGAGGCCUAGGCUCAAGAGGUUCAAGUCUAGAGGAGAGUGUGAAAAGAAGCUCAUUCGUUGCGGCCGAUGUGGCAAAAUGGGACAGCAUAACAAGAAGACCUGCACUGAACCUAUUUGAAUUUGAAUGUAAAGCUGUCAAUUGUUUUAGCAUUCUGACUGGCUGUAUUG